GCCUGCGCCCUCCGUGUACGUCGGAGUUCCUGCGUGCGUUUCCAUCCAGUCGGGUCUUCAACUCCGGACCGCGAGCAACGGCACGAUCCGCGCCGUCGUCCGCGUCGCGACGCACCCACCCGACGGAACCCACCCCUUCUUCAUCGGUACAUCCGGUCGUGAUUGCGCCGACCCUGGCGCACCGCACGUCGGAGAGGAGAGCGUGAGGUUAGAGGAUCACGUACGAAAUUCCGAGGGCGUACUUCGGAUCCCGCCGGAGCCGGAUCCCGUAAACAGGAUCUCGUAAUCUCGCUCUCCCGUCAGCGGAAGUUAGAAAAUAUCCGGGCCGCGAGGAGCAAGGCGAUCCAUUUCCGAGUGACGUCGAAGCCGCUGGCCGCGGCGCCAUCGUGAGAUCUAUCCCGGCGCGUUUCCAAAGUGCGUAAUUAAUCGCGGAACUUAAUCGAGUGCCGAACUAAUCGCGACGGAUUUACGAGCCACGUUGUGUGACAGUGACAUUAGCCGCGCGAUUAUGAAACGCCGUCGCCGAUCCAAGUGAUUUAAUGACAACGACGAGGCGAGGGAAUCGACUCUUCGAAAGCGAGAUAGAGAGAGAAAGAGAGAAAGAGAACCGUGCGUCGCACGAGAAUACCGGAAGAUGGAUCGCGUAUCAGAAAACAUGCCGGGACACUGAUCCCCGACCGCGGGAGUGUAAAGAAGGAGAGGUCUUCGCGCUCGGGUAGUACGACGUCUGCGCUCUCGUCGCUCUAAUUAAUCUCUUCGAGACGUAACGUAACGAGCGGAGACCGCCUGUGGGACCGUCCUCCGACGAGCGCGAGGCACCCCCGAGGAGGAAGGUGCCGAUCCUGUGAAAGUCUCAGCUGCAGGUGGCACGGGAGCGCCGCGCGAGUAGAACGCGAGAGCUAGGGAGGCAAGAGAAACGGUAAAAGACGGCGAGAAGAUUCGACAUUCGAGAUGCCUUAAUUACUAACAGAGCUUCUCGGCUAACUGGAAUUCAAUUUCCUUAAAUACACCCGUUGCGGAUAGCUCGAUCAAAGUGUAGCGUUGAGUACGAGCCCGGGGGGAGGAGGGUGCCGGCGUAAAUUAAAGACCAUCGACAUCGAUAACCAAAGCUUAAGUGGUUUCAACCAGCGGCACUUUACACCGGUGGAGGAUUGUGAAAGGUGGGCGACGUGUCUUCGAUUACCGACCGGCUCUACGUCUCUCGAGCGCCGACGAAGAAGUCGAUAAGGGCCCUGCUCGAUAAGAGAAAAGAAGAGAGGGGGAGGCCUUCAAUCCUUAAGAGCGGAUAGAAAGAGGACGCAAGGUCGGACAGAGAAACCUCUGAAAGCCUGUCUCCUUGAUCAAACUAUCGAGCGAGCAAAUCCCUGAGGCGACUCGGAGCUUCGAAAGUCAUCUUAGCCUUCGGAGAAUUUGCAGCAGGUGAGGUCGAUGUGAGAAAAGAAGUGCAUUUUUUUGCGAGCGAUUAAGAAUUAAGUUCGAUCGAAGAGGAAGCUCGUCGAGUAAUUGAUUUCUUCAUCGGUCCGGGGUGAAGCCGGCAAAAAAAAAAACAAACAAACCUGCAGACCUUUGAGCGAGCGACAGCAGCAGGGACAAACGGCGGCGCUUCAACAGAGAACGCGUUUCGGAAGAUUAAUUCUGAAAAAGCGAACGAAAGAAUUUCAGAAAGACGGCACGAGUUGAAUAAACCGGUUGAAACGUGUUGCGACGCUGUGCUCAAAGACCGGCGACCGCAUUAAGAACGGUUGGCUUUGCGGCACGGAGAUAUUAAGUGGUAGAAGCGAGUGGCACGCAGUCGGACAAAGAGAGCAUUUCACUCGAAGGACAAGAAAGACGAGAGGAACAAGAAGCGCGGAGUAGCUGCGUCGACGAUGAGAGAGCCGGAAGGUUAAUCUAAAAGGUUGGCUGGAACGAAGGCAGGGAGGACCAAUAGUAGCUAUCGCGACAGUGGAAAAGGUGGGACCUUCAAGGCCCGCUGGACGUGAGAAAUUGGGUUGGGCUCGAGGAUGUGUGAAGACGAAUGCGCCGAAGAUAAGAGGAGCCAGUUGAAGAGGAAGGCGAGCACUGAUCCUUGAACUCUGUUAUCCCGGAGGGAAGAGAGGAGAGGGAGCGUUGCCACGUGUGCGAUGAUAAAAUCAAGUGCGUGGCCCCGGCCGAUCUUAUCAAUGAAAAACAUUAUCGAAUCCCUCCCGAAUUCUUGCUGUUAAGAUCUUACGAAGUAGUCAGCGAGCUUGGGAGAGAGAAUCCUCGAUAAAUCCAGAAGUUAAGAUCAAUCUUUGUCGUGGGAACGCGUCUUAUAAUUAUCGAUUAAGAAUAUGACCGCGCUAAGUGAUCCUUUCGGGGAAGUUAAUUAGAGAGACGCGCAAUUCGAGACGGAGGAUCCACGAUCCUGUUACAUCCCGGCGAUCCUGCAACCCGGUUGAAGAAAGUGCUGCGGGUGAGCCGGUGGGUUAACGGUGAUGGCAUGAGGACAUUAGUAAGGACACGCUGCGGGUCCAGCGAGGAGGAGGAUGAGGAUGGUGGUGGGCGUGAUGGUCCUUGGUCAGCUACUGACGAGGAUCUUGCUCGCGGCCCACGCAGGAGAUCGCCUCGCGGCAGCUCGCAGAAUUCUAAGGGACGUGCCACUGAUAGAUGGGCACAACGACCUACCCUGGAACAUACGGAAGUUCCUGAAGAACCAGCUAAGGGAGUUCAGGUUUGAUGACCUUAGUGACAUUCAUCCCUGGUCACGGAGCGCCUGGAGCCACACGGAUCUCAAGAGAUUGAGGCAGGGCAUGGUUGCGGCGCAGUUCUGGUCCGCGUACGUGCCCUGCUCGUCGCAGCAUCUCGACUCGGUGCAGUUGGCCCUGGAACAGAUUGAUCUCAUUCGCCGACUGGUCAACAAGCACUCGGACAGUAUGGUCCUCGUUACCACGGCGGAAGGUAUCGAGAGGGCGCAUAAGGAGGCUAGAUUAGCGAGCCUGAUAGGGGUCGAGGGGGGCCACGCCGUCGGGGCGAGUCUGGCGGUCCUGAGGAUGCUGUACGAGCUGGGCGCCAGGUAUCUCACCCUCACGCACACGUGCAACACACCUUGGGCAGACUGCAGCACGGCGGACGAACCCGGUCAAGUGCCUCAAAUCGGUGGUCUCUCGAAUUUCGGCAAGAGUGUCGUGCUCGAGAUGAAUCGACUUGGGAUGAUGGUGGACCUCUCUCAUGUCUCGGUGCCCACGAUGCUGGCCGCCAUGACAACGUCGAGGGCGCCGGUGAUUUUCAGUCACAGCAGCGCUCACGCUCUUUGCAAUUCCUCGCGAAAUGUGCCUGACCACGCCCUGCGACUUUUGGCGCAGACCGGUGGUAUAGUUAUGGUAUCCUUCUAUCCCCAUUUUAUCAGCUGUGGCGAAAAAUCAACGCUCGCGGAUGUGGCAGCGCACAUCAAUCACGUGCGGACGAUAGCCGGGGUGGAUCACGUCGGCAUCGGGGCUGGAUACGACGGGAUCAAUUUGACACCAUCGGGUCUGGAGGACGUCAGCAAGUACCCGGAGCUCUUCGCGGAAUUGCUAGCGCAUGGAUGGUCGGAGAAAGACAUCCAGAAGUUGGCCGGUCUGAAUCUUAUACGGGUGUUCAAGGCGGUGGAACAGAUUCGCGACAGCCUGGCCGCGGAAGGUAUGGAGCCGUUGGAGGAAGAGAUCCCACAGGAAGACAUAAUCGGUCGCGAUUACUGCCGUUAUAACAUAAAGCGUCUGAUGGCGCCUUAAGCCGUCGGAAUGCUCAUCACGGUGAGCGCCGCCGCGAGAAUGUAACUCGCGAACGGUCGAGUGUUCGAAACGGAAACGAAGAGAUAAGUAACACAGAGAGAGAGAAAGAGAGAGGGAAAUAAAAGGAACAGAGAGAAGCGAAAGAGCGAGAGGCGAAAGUUCACUGCCCCAGCGAGAAUAAAACUCACCCUUUACAACUUUACCCCUAAGUUCGUGUCUCCUGGAGAAUUCACUGUCCGCUGUACAUACAGAUAUGUAAGUACACGCGUCCUCUUUCCCUCCCUCUCUCUCUCUCUUUUUCUCUCUCCGUCUUACCUUCUUCGAUCCUUCUCGACGUUACUCACGAUUUUCAUCUUUGUACGUAAGUAGGUAGAUAAACUCGAUUUCCGCCAGGCAACCCGGAAACAAGAGGUAUGAGUGCUCGCGAAAGAUAUCGAGACGGUCAGUGGAACAUCAGUACCGCGGCACCAAGGCGAAUAAAAAUUGCAGUCAGAUUGACCAGAUGCGUACCUAAGUUAUAUUCCUAGAGAUAUAAAAUGAUAUCUAACUUGCAAGUUUUUUACGUCCGUCUUUCAACCUUUAUCUGCUUCGCGCGUGUAAUGCAACAAAAUUUCCCACAUUAUAGUUAUCGCGUAUCUGUUGUACGUAAUAUGUAUGUAAUCAGCGUUGCAUAUCAUACACGAUCUUUCCCUAUUACGUAUAACUAACAUCGGCGCUACGUUUACAAUAAUUCUCAUCAAUAAACAUGUUAAUAAUGCCAACGCGAAGGAAAAAAUGUGCGACAGAAUCGAUCAGAAUUACAUCUAAUUGCUUCCAUAUUCAUAUAGAGAUUAGGAUUUAAUUGAAAUAAGUUUUUAAUUCAAUCGACUUGGAAAGGAUUCUAAUAUUCAUUAACCGUGUCCAGUUUAAUCGAUGAUGAGCAAUAAUAAUGCACGGUGUAUUAAUGAAGCGGCGGUCCAUUAAUUUGAAACUACCACGAAUAGUGCUAUUGUAGUGCUAUUGAUUACCCGAACGAGCUAUUGGCGAGCCAUUAUACAAUUUAAUUACUUACCCUAGAAGCAAAAUCAAAUGUAUACCGUAUGAUGAAAUACACGCAAAAUUACGCUAAGUGAGCUCGAUAACACCAGCGCGUGCAAGCUUUACGCAGUAACUACAAAUUAGUGCUCCUGCAUUGUAACUGACUCGCUCGAGUUAUUUGACUUGCGUUAUCGUCUGUUUACUUUAAACGGCAACGCUGCUCCGUACAAUCGAAAUUGUACUUUGGAUAAAAUUUAAUGAAUAAGAGAGUAUACGAUUUCAUAAUAUAAAAUUGAAAACCGUUAUGGUGUUGCGGUACUGAUACAUACACCCGUCAUGCGAUAGUCAAACGAGAAAGCGUGCCUCGCGUGCUUCGUUGGCGAAAGACCCAAUUGAAGCAGUUAGUCGAGCCGUUAAUGCGGUUACGGAAAAAAAAAAAAAGAAAAUGCGAGGGGCGAGAUAUCUGAAGUUAGCACGACAACGAGGCGGAAACAUGCACCUUAUCACUGCGAUACGAAGACCAACGCGUUUGUAUAAACGUUUAACAAUUUAGCCACGGGCAUACUUGAUGUUAAAAAAAAAAAAUUUGUACUCAGCGAUUUUCCUCGUCGAAGCCGGAACCAAAAACUGUCCUAGUCAAUAAUUAUGCUACGUAUACAUCACCGACUUACUUACGACGUAACUGUCGAUUAUUCGAGUGCGAGUGGACGACUGUCGAAAAUGUAAAACCAAGAAAGAAAGAGAGAGAGAGAAAGAGACGCGUGGCUGUCGUGCGUAUGCGAACGAAUGCAACUUGUACAUAUGGUACCUGAAGUCGAAAAACAUAUUAUUCCUCCAGAACGUCAAGCCGGCCAUGUUGGAUCGGAGAACCAGGUCAUCGAGUGUCCUCGAUCCUUUUUAAUCUACAAACUCGGAGAGCGCACACGAAGUCGCGUCUCGCCGGGUAGCAGCUAAAAAUUUACUAGUCUCGAUCGUAACUCUCUCGCGGUGUUUCUUCUUUCCUUUUUUUUUUUUCUGUCGUUAAUUUCAAACCUGACCUCUUAACCUCGCCGACCACGAUUCCAGAUGGUAGGCUUGACCAAUCGCGAUCAAUCGGGAAGCUACGAACGGGGCUAAUCGCGAAGCGCAACUCUCUAGCGACGACGUCGUCGACCAGGUCGGCGGGUAUGGUACGCUGCUCGUAUAAAAUGUUAAGCCUUUCCUACGAUUUUGCACGAUCGAAGUUAACGUAAUAAUACGUGCGUACACAACACGUCGGCGCGUACAAUGCGUCGCGAAUUGAACAUUGAAUUUUUUAAAUUCUAUACCGUAAUUAUAUAUCGCACUGUCGAAACGCGAUUCCGAUGAGUCGCAAGAUAUUUUUAUCUCGUGCGGCUACGCUCUCGCAUAAACUCUGUUUUGCACCAAAAUUUCAUCAUAGCGGAGAGCUCGGUGAUUACAUCGGAGCCUCGAAUGAACGCAUCGAUUUCCCUUGUGCCACGACGAUAUGGUCGUUAAUUCUCCAUUGCGUGGCAAAUUCUAUUUCAGCGCGAAUCGUUUAAAAAAAAAAAUAGAGAAAAAAAAUGUGUGCCGGAAACGUAUUUGCAAGUUACAUUUUUAUCCGGAAUAAAGAACAGAAAUUUAAUUAUGUUUUUACCGGGCAAUUACGCUUUACGGGGAACGUGCGUGAAAAUGUGUGAAAUUUCGGAUUUCAUUUGUUUUUAUUGUUACGCAAAGGCAACAUGAUACAAUCGAGAGUUAAUCGAGUCGAUCCCUCGCGCACGGCCGAAUCUAACGAUAAUUUGCAAUGCGAGCAGAAGGGGAUCGGCGAAACGCGAGUCUCGUAACUAAUAUCCUGUAAGAUUUCGAAAGUUACUGGUAUCUAAAAAAUAAAUCUACGGCAAAUCGGACGCCGUCGUUGCAAAAGCGA